AUGGAUGCCAUCCGCGAUAAGCAUAAAGGACUUAUUAGUGGGCUUACACAGAUCUUUAAUCUCUGGGUGAAAGCACAGUAUAUCUCUGUGACUGACAUUAUGACUCCACCGCACCACAACAACCUCGAUAUCCCCCGACUGCAACGCCUGGGGUUUGAUCCUGAGGUCGUGGAGCUAGUUCAAAAUCUCCCAGCCCUCAGGAACGAGGCAGUGUGGGGCUACCAAGAUGAAGGAGUCGAGCUCAUCCCUCGUGCAAAACUAGUGAAUUACUUUGUGCAACCAAGCGGCACUCCUGGUGAGGAGAUGCUUGAGGGUCUAAGAUGGGUGGAUUGGUCUGAUAGGGAGAGGUAUGGGAUCUUACCGCCAUGGGUGCUCCGUUUGACGCUCCCUGGCAUUUAUGGGGUACAUCUGCUGUAUGAUACCCAGGAUCGAGAAGUAACCAUGGCAGCAGAAACCAUCAUUGAAUGGUGUGAGCUUGAUACUGAAUCAUGGGCUGACCGUCCCCGGCGGCCCAGUGAAGCCUUUUUCACAGAGAUUCUGCACCGCUUCCAGACUCUUGAAUAUCUCCCAUUCUAUAACCCUAAUGAUUGGGCUGCUGUCCCUAAGCGAAAGAUUGAAGAGCACCCAUUUAUCUUUCAAAACAUCUUCCCAGGAGGGAUACGGCUUCCAAUGGAUGAAAAAACUGCUAUCCAGCAGCUUAGCGAUCAACCAGAAACAAGAGACCUUCUCCGCCAAAGAUUAAAUUAUUGGAGAGCUCUGCAGAAGCUGUACUGGGAUGCUGGUUGGGGCAGGGUAUUUGAUGGAGAGUCCUUCAAGAUUAAGUGGAAGGAAUGGUUGAAAAGUGCGGUGGAUAUGCAGUUCAAGGGGAGUGAAUGGCGUAGUCAACCUAUUCAAGGGCAGUCCUCACAGCAGCAGAGGGACCGUGAGGCAUUUCGCCGUCAGUGGGAGGCCUUUUGGAUUGAAAGUGCUGGUGAGGGUGCUGUCUAG